AUGGACCCCUCUGCCUCCGCCAAAAUCGACCAGAGACGACCAUCAGGAAGUGCGCCGAAUUCGCCCGGCAAGGAUGGACUAGACAAGGUCGAACUCAGCGAUUUGGAUUCCAGCCCACCACCUCUACCUGUCGAGCAAGAUCUCUGGCAAUUAUCACGAUUGGGAGAAAUAAGAGCUGUCCAGAAGCUGUUUGACAGUGGAAGAUAUACAGCAAAAUCAACAGAUGAGCAAGGAAUCACAGCAUUACAUGUACGCGGAAGCACUUCAUGGGGUGGAAGUAAGAGCCGUAGACUGAUGUACGAAUACAGUGGGCUGCUAUAAAUGGUCACCAUGCUCUGUGCCACUUCCUCAUUCAAUCUGGCGCGGAUUUGAAUGCCAGAGGCGGCGAUGCUAAGGCCACACCGGUCCUCUGGGCGAGCAAGCGCUUCAAUCUUCAGGUCAUUUCUUUGCUGCUUGCAAAUGGCGCAGACCCGCUACUACGAGACGACCAAGGCUACAAUCUCCUCCACUCCGCGACCCUGGACGGCAAUGUCUAUCAGCUCAUCCUCCUUCUCCACCAACCAGACAUACCUGUCGAUGUACCCGAUGCGCAAGGGCAUACCUCUUUGAUGUGGGCGGCAUACAAAGGAUAUCCAGCAUGUAUAGACAUGCUAUUACGCUUUGGAGCCGAUGUGCAUGCUGUGGACGACAUGGGCUUCACCGCGCUGCAUUGGGCGCUGGUGAAAGGAAGCUAUCUCUGCAUCCAAAAGCUGGUCGAGUAUGGUGCAGAUCGAUUUGCCAGGAGCAAACCGACCGAAGGCCAAGAAGAGGGCGAUACGCCAAGCAUGACUGCCUCAAAGAUGAAGAGCGAACGACAGUGGCAUAAGGCACUUCUUGACUCUGGCUUUGAUGAAGCUGGCAAUCCCACGGCCUUUCCGAUACCCAUGGUGAAAGAUCGACGACGGUUCUUCAAACGAUUCUUCUUCCUAUGGCCAUUUGUUCUCGGUGGUCUACAGCUUCACAUGCUGGCACAUCUAUCGGUCUGGGUCUCAAUACCGGGAGUGCUAAUCAUUGGAUACGGCCUGCAAUUCCUUGUUCAGAAAUCUCUCAAGUGGGCGCCACCUGACAUGAAGCACAUGCAUCGAACACCCUUCCUCGCUGGAAUAUUUGCUGCGUCUCUUUUCUGGGUUGGAGUACGCUGGGUGAUGCAUAUCCUUCCAGGUAAGUCAUUGAGUCCUCACGACAAGAUUUCCCGCUGACCUCUCAAAGCAACACUAUACACAAACUUCCUCCUCAACACCUCCUUUGCGGCGUCGUACUCCCUCUGCACAUACUUCUACUUCAUGACCAUGACAGCCGAUCCUGGCUAUAUUCCCAAGGGCGCCAGCCGCGGGCAGACGAAGAAAACGAUCGACGAGCUCGUAGAGCAUAAUGCGUUCAACGAAGAACACUUCUGUACAACAUGUACGAUACGAAAACCCUUACGAAGCAAGCAUUGCAAGCGUUGCGGCAGAUGUGUGGCGAGAGAGGACCAGUCAGUUGACGUCGACUCUGAUGGUACGGCACAAGCUGACUUUUCUAGCCAUUGUCCGUGGGUAGACAACUGCGUGGCCGUGAACAACCACAAGCACUUCCUCCUCUAUGUUGUCUUCAUGAUUUUCGGAAUCGGCAUCGUCGUACGCCUCACAUUCGCAUGUAAGUCGCAGUCCGACACACGAACAUCGACAUCACCAUUUACUAACCCUUCUCCCGAGACCUCGACGUCCUUCCCGAACCGACAUCGUACCAAUGCGCAAUCCUCAAAGACGUCUUCUGCGCCCAACUCGCCAAAGACCCCUUGACGAUCAUCACAAACACCUGGGGCGCCCUCCAACUCACCUGGACCUUCAUGCUCCUAUUUGUGCAUCUCUUUCAAGUAGCAAAGAACCUCACAACCUACGAGAGCAUGAGCACGCACCAAGUCGGCCCUAUUCUCUCCGCCGUAGCAGCUGGGACUUUGACCACCGACGCCGGAACCGCAGAUGGUGCCCAUGCCCACCGACACAAGAAAAAGGAUGGAAUGCUGAUGCGUCUGGCGAAGACAUUGGGCGUCGAUACUUUUAUCGCGAUUGCCUUUCAGGGUUAUAAGGGACAUAAGAACCCCAAAACGCAUAAUCAUCGACACGUGAAGCGAGCGAAUCCUUUUACCAGGGGAAUUUUCAGGAAUUGUCAGGAUUUCUGGACUGAUGGACCGGUGUUUUCGCGUAAAGGGGACAGCUGCAGGGCUCUGUUAGGGGGUCAGACCGUCGACUACGCGAACAUGUAUGAGGUGCCGACGGGCGGUAUGGGAUAUCGCAGUGGAGGGUACGAGCAGUUGGCCGCGGCAGAUCAUGAAGUUUAG